GCGCGCGCGCGUGCGAGCGAGCGAGAAAAGAAAAGCUCGUAAAUUAUAAUAUUUGAGGCAUAAAGGGUUAUUAAAGAAGUCAGAGAGUGAGACUUUAAGUUGGUAGCUGAUUUGGCUGCAAGCGUGAAAGUGAAAACCAACAGCAAACAGCAACAGCAACCAGCAACAGUUGCUGCCAGCAACAGCAUCAGAAUAGUUGCGUCUCUGACUUUGGGUCAGUCAUGCGCGCAAUGCGCCGCUAAAAGCAAGAGAUGAAGCCAAGUCUGCUGCUGUUGCUGUUGCUGUUGCUGCAGAGCGCAGCGACCUUUGAGACAGAUUGCGGCUGUCGACCGGGCAGAAGAAGUGCGCGUAUUAUAGCGGGCGCCAGCACACAUGAGGGUCAAUUUCCGUGGCAGGCUUCGUUGGAGUUGCUGCAUCCCUCGCUGGGCUUUCUGGGGCAUUGGUGUGGCGCCGUGCUCAUACAUCAAUAUUGGAUACUAUCAGCCGCACAUUGUGUGCACAAUGAUCUCUUUAACCUGCCCAUACCACCGCUGUGGACUGUAGUGCUGGGCGAGCAUGAUAGGAAUGUAGAGUCGGGUCAUGAGCAGCGCAUACCGGUGGAGAAAAUAGUGUUGCACCAUCAGUAUCACAAUUUUCGACACGAUGUGGUGCUCAUGAAGCUUUCGAAGCCUGCGGAUCUUUCACGCUCAUCACACAUACGCCGCAUAUGUCUGCCGUUUAUGCUUAAGGAGCAGCCGCCCACGCCUGAUGCCGCCGCCGCUGCAGAUGUGCUCAGUCAGCAGCUGGAGCUGGACGAUCUGCCCGAGAAGAUUGACAACUUUCUGCGCAACGUGCAGAGCAGACGACGCUAUCGCAAUGUGACUGCGCCCAGCUCCAUCAACAUGUCCAUGCGUGAGCUCAUGAAUAUGAAAAUACUGCAGCGUCUGCGUCAGGCUUAUGCACAGCGCUCGCCGCGCAGCUUGAAGCGCACGCGCAGACGCAAUGAUAAGCUCAUGAAACUGCGGCCAGAGCUGGACGCGGAGCAGAGCUUGCAGCAGUCGCCGUUCAUAGACUGCGUAGCCACGGGUUGGGGCAAGGCCAACAUAAGCGGUGAUUUGUCCAGUCAGCUGCUGAAGACGCAAGUGCCGCUGCAUCAGAAUCGCCGCUGCAAGGACGCCUACGGCAGCUUUGUCAACAUACACGGCGGACAUCUGUGCGCUGGCCAGCUGAACGGCGAGGGCGGCACCUGCGUCGGCGACUCGGGUGGUCCGCUGCAGUGUCGUCUAUCCCAAGAUGGUCCUUGGAUUUUGGCGGGCGUCACUUCGUUUGGCUCUGGCUGUGCUUUGGAAAACUUUCCGGAUGUCUAUUUGCGCAUCUCGUAUUAUUUGAAUUGGAUUGAAGACACCAUCGCCUCACAUUGAGCAGUUUUUUAUUUGUGCUUUAUUCGUCGACAAAUCAAGACAAACUCAGCUGUGCAGCAUUAGCAUUACCGUUAAACCUUAAUUUAAACCUUAACUUUGUUAUUUAUACACAAUUGUUACAUAAGCUUAAGCUUAGUUUGUUUGUUUUGUAUCCCUAAGUUGUUUCCAUUGAGCAGAAUACGAUCUACACCAAAAAUGAAUCUCUCAUGCUUAGCUUAGUGCUUUAAUAUCACAGUGUGCUGGGUCGCCACCCAGCUUAAUUUGAGGUAAUGUUC